UUAGGCACUGAUAACGUUAGUAACUUACCCAGCUCAAACAGAUCUGAUCGCUAAUAAAGAAAACAGGACGUAAACAUAGUAAAGAAUAUUUUAAUGUAUUUGGUAUCGAUAUUGAAAAAGUAAAAUGUUCAAGCGAAGACUCAAGAAAAGAUGUCUACCCGAUUGGAUUGGAACACCUAACGAGACCAAAACACCUGUGGACCCAGUCUGUUCAGUGUCUUUGCAAACCCAAUGUACAACAACAGUUUCUGAAGCACCGAGUUAUGUCCACACAAAGAAAGAUGUAAAUGUUGAAAAUGAGUCUAACCGUGUGCAACAUUCCUCAGAAAUCAGCGCUGACGAGCUUCAGAUGAGUUGUAAGAAUGAUUCUACUAAAUCUUUAGACUUAAUCAAGAAGAACACUAAAAAGGUCAACAAAAAACGGAAACUGGGUGUUAACUUUCUUGGUACUUCAAAGAGCAGCUCGGAGCGAGAGUUGAGGUCUCGGCUGUUUGACGAACAUGUCGCGCAGUCACUGCCAUUACUCAUCUGCUGUGGCUCCGUGAUAUACUCGUACAACACCAACGACUGUUCGCUUCUGUGUGAAGAACUCGCUGCGAAAUUACCCGCGUGUGGUGAACAGGAUCUCUUUGUUGGCUUCGAUAUGGAGUGGCCGGUCUUGUACCAGAGAGGACAUGGGAGUGGCAAAGUGGCACUAAUCCAAAUUAGUUUUUCAGAGGAAAGUUGUUACCUCUUUCAUAUUGCAGCAAUGGGGACAUUUCCAAAAAGUUUGAAACUUUUCUUGCAAGACAAUCGGUUGAAGAAAAUAGGAAUAAAUAUUGAAUCUGAUUGGUGGAAACUGGAGAGGGACUUCGAUGGCAUCCAGGCAAAGACUACGAUUGCCAGUUCGGUGAUUGAUCUGAGUAAGCUUGCAAAUGAAAAGCUGAAGAGCUGUGAGAACUGGAGUCUGGAAGGUCUGUGUCGGCAUGUUUUAAAAAUGAGAAUAGAUAAGAACGAGGACAUUCGGUGUGGCCGCUGGGACGACUGCCCACUUUCUGAGCAGCAGCAGAUGUAUGCGGCAGUCGACGCUCAUGCGUGUCUAAAGAUCUUUAAUAGUCUGUCUUCAGCAACUCUCCGUUAAUAAAACAUAUUAAAGCCAA